AUGAGCUGCUUCAAGGUCUGCUACGACGACUUGUCUGUCGACGAGAUCGUCACCAUGGUCAAUGACGACGAUCUGCCGGACACGGUCCUGCGUCGCAACCACGGCCACGGCGUGCCGGCCAGCGAGCUCUUUACGCCGCAGAUGCUGGUCGCCGGGGCCGAUGAACUGGCUCUGACGCGGGUGCCGACGGGCAUGUCGACCAUUUCGGUGUCGUCGAUCCAGUCGCUGACACCGUCGCGUCUGGCGGCAGCUGCGGCGGCCAGCGGCUCCAGCGAGUCGGACGUGCUCAACGACUAUCUGGAUGCCGUCUGGCGGACACAGCCGCCGCGGUUGACGGACGUGGACCACCCGCUGUUCUCUGUGAACAUGGUGACGUACAUCCAGCAGAUGCAGAAGGAGGGGCAUUUCUAG